GAAAUCUUUGCCCCCCAUUUUUUUAUUGUGUGAGUUAUUAUUGUAUUAGGAUUGAACUUUUCAAAAUUUCAAUGAAAUAGAUAGGGUGCCCUAAAGUGUUUUUGGAGUCAGAAAUCAGAGCAGUGGGCUGCACAGAUUCCUUGUCCUGCUAUGAUUCUCUGUGGAACCUGCAAAGCUUGAAUGUCCUGCUUAAUCUUUCCAAUGAAUUAUCCACGUAACAUAGAAUUCUACACUGAAAAACCACAUCAUGGUGGCCAUUCAAGCUGAAUGUCUUGUCCCAGAAAAAAGAUAAAGCUCCCAUGAUAUUGCAGAACUUCAGAUUCUCUCCACAUCGUGCUGUACUUGGUUUAAUUGCAACUGAUGUCUGAUCAUCAGAUGCCAUUUCUCUAUAAUAUUUUAUCAUAUAUACACCAUCUUGUAUAUAUAUAUAUAGGUAUCCUUGUGGGUGUAUUCUCUAACUGCAUGAAGGAAUCAACUUUAAGAGUUCUCUAUAUUUCUCUAACUAUAUUGAUAUUCUAAGUAGUAUCAUCAUCAUGGGACGUAGGCUAUUUUACUAUAGGGAUGGACUGUACAAAGGCCCAUGGACACCAGAUGAAGAUUUUCUCUUGAUCAAGUAUAUUCAGGCUCAUGGAGUAGGACGUUGGCGAAGUGUUCCCAAAAAAGCUGGAUUAAAUCGCUGUGGGAAGAGUUGCAGGUUUAGAUGGAUGAAUUAUCUUCGCCCUGGUAUCAAGAGAGGGGAUAUCUCAGCUGAGGAAGAGGAGCUUAUCAUAAAACUUCAUAGCCUUGUGGGAAAUCGGUGGUCUCUGAUAGCUAGGAGAAUGCCUGGUAGAACAGACAAUGAAGUGAAGAACUACUGGAAUACCCAUCUGAGAAAGAGGUUCAAAAAGUCCACUGAUAAUGAAGUCACCAAUGAGGUGGUUGAUGAAAACCACAUGAUCAAUCAUAACAGCAUUAGUACAAUAUCUCAUGGUGUCUCUGAUACUUCAAACAAUAUGCCAUGCAUGGAAGCAUAUAAUACUGCAAUGGUUUCUGCCCAUUAUGAAUCCAGUGAAGCUGUUGGGAAUGAAGGAUGGAAUCAUCAGACAGCCCACAACUCUGGCAUAGAAUCUAGCUCUUCUCUAAACCAACUCUCUACUAUAAAUCAAUUCUCUUCUUGCAUUUCAUCUUACAAAUUGGCUUGUGACCAGUCUUUAAUGGGGAUGGAUUGGAGUGUGGGUGAUUUACAGGCAUUACUAUCUGGAUAUGACUUGGGAACUGCUCAUGCAUUUCUAACAUAGGAUGUUUUUACUCAGAAUGCUUUUGUUCUCAAGUUAGAAAAGCUGGGCAGUUCAUGAAAGGCCUGUACUUGUAUUGAAAAUUACUACAGUAGAUAGGAGAAAGAGUUCAGUGGUGUGAAAGCAUUAUUAAAGAAUGAUAGAAUUAGUAUUCUGCUGUAUAAAGAGCUGUUGGUAAAGUUGAGUCUUUUUUCAGUAAAGGCAGCUUUGAGAAUACUUUUCUGGUCAUAAUGAGCUUGUCAUGUAUCUUUUCAUCUCACGUAGGCAAUGAAAACCCCACCAUGGAUUACUUUUGAGUCAUCAUGAAUGACCUAAAGCCAUAUAAAAGUGUUGCCAUUCAUUUUCA